CAGGAUUCGUAUAGGAAACAGGUUGUUAUUGACGGAGAGACGUGCUUGUUAGACAUUCUGGACACUGCGGGACAGGAAGAGUAUAGUGCCAUGCGUGAUCAGUACAUGAGAACUGGGGAGGGAUUCCUCUGUGUUUUUGCCAUUAACAACAGUAAAUCGUUUGCUGAUAUUAACCUUUACAGAGAACAGAUCAAGAGAGUGAAAGAUUCAGAUGAUGUGCCAAUGGUGCUAGUUGGGAAUAAGUGUGAUUUGCCCACAAGAACGGUAGACACAAAACAGGCUCAAGAAUUAGCAAAAAGCUACGGAAUCCCCUUCAUAGAGACAUCUGCUAAAACAAGACAGGGUGUGGAAGACGCUUUUUACACACUGGUGAGAGAGAUCCGUCAGUACCGGAUGAAAAAGCUCAACAGCAAUGAGGAUGGGAAUCAAGGCUGUAUGGGAUUGUCUUGCAUUGUGAUGUGAUAAGAUGCCAAGGACACAUGGUUGAGAUGUAGCUGCCGGACGAGUCUCAAUGCUACUGUGUUGUGUCUCAUGCUGAUGCCCUGCAGUAUUUUGGUGCCAGCGACCGGAAUCUUGGUACCAGUUAAUUAGCACAAGGUCCUUUUCUGUGCUCCAUCCGAAGAAAGCAUCUGUGGCAUCUACCUCCUUGCUCAGCUAACAGAGCAGCUGCAUCUCUUGAUAUGCUGGGAUUCUUUUCUCACUGUGUUAUCUGGGUUCAAGAAGAAAACCAGUCACAAGAAGAGUGAACUAUAGAGACAAUGCUGUGAAAAAGAUGACACUUUACCUCUAGAGUAAAAACUAGAAGUGAUGUUUGUCCCCUUCCUGUUGGAUUCUGGCUUCCUGUGCUGUCAGAGAAGUGGCACUAGCCGUUGCUUGGCAGCUAAUAUCAGAAAAGGUUUUGCCA